UAUGAUCAAAUUGCUGCAAUAGACUUUUUGACACACAUCAAGUGAAGUUUCCAGCAAACUUGACUGUUGAUCUAAAAAUGGCAAGCUUCAACAGCAAGACCUUGGUCUUGUAUUUUUUGGUGGGGCUGCUGUUUGUUUUCUGGACUGCUGAGGCACAAAGCAACCAAGAUUGCUGCCUUUCCUACACACGUGCUGCACUGCCUCCUUGGGUCAUAAGUGGCUAUACAGAACAAUCAUCAAAUGAAGUCUGUGACAUCAAUGCUAUCAUUUUUCACACAAAGAGUGGGAUAAGAGCAUGCACAAACCCAAAAGCCAAGUGGGUGAAGAAACAACUUCUUUUUCUGAGUAAAAGGCUCAAGAAGAUGUCAAAUCAAGAUGGUUUCUGAAAUGGAACUAAACAUAUAGAGGUGAUCUGCAGAACCUACACUAGGUUAGGAUAUUCUCUUGUACACUGUUGUGUGCUGACUCUACACCUAUUCCUGGCUUUUUUGGGACCAUUUAAUUACUUGCAUUUGAUUUAUAUUGCAUCAUUUAUUUGCUUGAAUUGAGCAUUAUGUAAGUUGCUUUUGUUUGCUAUCAUUUUCAUUACUGUGUAUAGUCAAAUAUAAUGUACAACAGAUUGGGUACUGUGCGCCCUAUUGGAUUCAGUGUAUUGUUUAUGAACAUCAACUUAAAUAAAACCAGAUAUUCUA